UAUCGCCGGAGCGGCUUCCUUGUCACCGUGGCAACGGUGGCCGCCCCCAGAGGGAGCAGCCACCCAUUGGGUAGAAUCUUUCGAGAAGGCUCGAGAAUAAGGAAGCGGAAGUGGCACGUGGAGGGGCCGGUGGAGGCGCCGGUGAGUAAAUGCCGCAGAUUCUGGAAAGUUCUCAUCAGUGAGAUACAUAAGGCAGAGGAAUUGGGACCUCCCCUUUUGGGUCGGUAGCUGAGCGCCGCGCGGGUGUCCGAGGCAGUCGGCGGAGCUGCGGAGCGACCCGCGAAUACCGGAGCGCCACCUUCACCCGUGGUCACCCGUGGUUACUCCUUUGCGAGCAGCCACCGGCCCCGGGAGGCCGGAGCUUCCAGACGGGCCGACUGUCCGUGUGUCUGCGCGAGUGACAGAGGAGCGGUCGGGCCACGCGGGAGCGGCGUGCGACAGGGGCAGGAAGCGGCGGCCGGAGGACACACACCCAACCCGAGGCGGAGGCAGACCGCGAGCCGGCCAUGUCGGUGGUGGGGCUGGACGUGGGUUCGCAGAGCUGCUACAUCGCGGUGGCCCGGGCCGGGGGCAUCGAGACCAUCGCCAACGAGUUCAGCGACCGGUGCACCCCAUCAGUCAUAUCAUUUGGAUCAAAAAACAGAACAAUUGGAGUAGCAGCCAAAAAUCAGCAAAUCACUCAUGCAAACAAUACUGUGUCUAACUUCAAGAGGUUUCAUGGCCGAGCAUUCAAUGACCCCUUCAUUCAAAAGGAGAAGGAAAACUUAAGUUACGAUUUAGUUCCAAUGAAAAAUGGUGGCGUUGGAAUAAAGGUAAUGUACAUGGAUGAAGACCAUCUAUUUAGUGUGGAGCAGAUAACGGCCAUGCUGUUGACUAAGUUAAAGGAAACUGCUGAAAACAGCCUCAAGAAACCAGUGACAGAUUGUGUUAUUUCAGUCCCCUCUUUCUUCACCGAUGCUGAGAGGCGGUCUGUAUUAGAUGCUGCACAGAUUGUUGGCCUCAACUGCUUAAGGCUUAUGAAUGACAUGACAGCUGUUGCUUUGAAUUAUGGGAUUUAUAAGCAGGAUCUACCAUGUUGGGAUGAGAAACCUCGGAUAGUUGUUUUUGUUGAUAUGGGACACUCAGCCUUUCAAGUGUGUGCCUGCGCCUUUAACAAGGGAAAAUUGAAGGUACUUGGAACAGCCUUUGAUCCUUUCUUAGGAGGAAAAAACUUUGAUGAAAAGUUAGUGGAACAUUUUUGUGAGGAAUUUAAAACUAAGUACAAGUUGGAUGCAAAAUCCAAAAUUCGAGCACUCCUUCGUCUGUAUCAGGAGUGUGAAAAACUGAAAAAGCUAAUGAGCUCUAACAGCACGGACCUACCACUGAAUAUCGAGUGCUUUAUGAAUGACAAAGAUGUUUCAGGAAAGAUGAACAGAGCACAAUUUGAAGAACUCUGUGCUGAACUCCUGCAAAAGAUCGAAGCUCCGCUUCAUUCACUGAUGGAACAAACUAGGCUCAAAGUCGAAGAUGUGAGUGCUGUUGAGAUAGUUGGAGGCACAACACGAGUUCCAGCUGUGAAAGAAAAAAUUGCCAAAUUCUUUGGAAAAGAUGUCAGCACCACGCUCAAUGCAGAUGAGGCCGUAGCCAGAGGCUGUGCUCUCCAGUGUGCAAUCCUUUCCCCAGCCUUUAAAGUUAGAGAAUUUUCCAUCACAGAUGCAGUUCCUUUUCCAAUAUCUCUGGUUUGGAACCACGAUUCAGAAGAUACUGAAGGUGUUCAUGAAGUGUUCACUCGGAACCACGCUGCUCCUUUCUCCAAAGUUCUCACCUUCUUGAGAAGGGGGCCUUUCGAGCUAGAAGCUUUCUAUUCUGAUCCUCACGGAGUUCCAUAUCCAGAAGCAAAAAUCGGUCGCUUUGUAGUUCAGAAUGUUUCUGCGCAGAAAGAUGGAGAGAAAUCUCGAGUGAAAGUCAAAGUCCGCGUCAACACCCACGGCAUUUUCACCGUGUCCACAGCGUCCAUGGUGGAGAAAGUCCCCGCCGAGGAGAGCGAGGGGCCGUCCGUGGAGGCGGACGUGGAGGGCCAGCCCCGGAGGCUGCCCGAGAGCGGGGACGCUGAUAAAAAUAUCCAGCAAGACAACAGUGAAGCUGGAACACAGCCCCAGGUACAAACCGAUGGCCAACAACCCUCACAGUCUCCCCCUUCACCUGAACUUACCUCAGAAGAAAACAAAAUCCCAGAUGCUGACAAAGCAAAUGAAAAGAAAGUUGAUCAGCCUCCAGAAGCUAAAAAACCCAAAAUAAAGGUUGUGAAUGUCGAGCUGCCGAUUGAAGCCAACUUGGUCUGGCAGCUGGGGAAAGACCUUCUCAACAUGUACAUUGAGACGGAGGGUAAGAUGAUAAUGCAGGAUAAACUGGAAAAAGAAAGAAACGAUGCUAAAAAUGCAGUGGAGGAAUAUGUCUAUGAGUUCAGGGAUAAGCUGUGUGGCCCAUAUGAAAAAUUUAUAUGUGAUCAGGAUCAUCAACAUUUUUUGAAGCUGCUCACAGAGACUGAAAACUGGCUCUAUGAAGAAGGAGAAGACCAAGCCAAGCAAGCAUAUGUUGACAAGCUGGAAGAAUUGAUGAAAAUUGGCACUCCCGUUAAAGUUCGGUUCCAGGAAGCUGAGGAUCGGCCAAAAAUGUUUGAAGAACUGGGACAGAGACUGCAGCACUACGCCAAGACAGCAGCCGACUUCAGGAGUGACGAUGAGCAAUAUAACCAUAUUGAUGAGUCUGAAAUGAAGAAGGUUGAGAAGUCUGUUAAUGAAGUGAUGGAGUGGAUGAAUAAUGUCAUGAAUGCUCAGGCUAAAAAGAGUCUCGAUCAGGACCCGGCUGUUCGGGCUCAGGACAUUAAAGCGAAAAUAAAGGAGUUGAAUAACACUUGUGAACCCGUCGUAACACAACCCAAACCAAAAAUUGAAUCACCCAAACUGGAAAGAACUCCAAAUGGCCCAAAUAUUGAUAAAAAGGAAGAAGAUUUAGAAGGCAAAAAUAACUUUGACACUGAACCACCACAUCAGAACGGUGAAUGUUACCCUAAUGAGAAGAAUUCCAUUAAUAUGGACUUAGAUUAGAUAACAUUAAAUUGGCUUAGUCCUUCAAUCAAUGAAAUAUUUUUGCCAUAGUAUGUGAUUCUACAUUAACAUACUGAGACUAUUUAUAUUUUCUUUUUUAAGGAUGUUUAGAAAUUUUGUGUAUUAUAUGGAAAAAGAGAAAAAGCUUAAGUCUGUAGUUGUUACGAUCCUGAAAGGGAAAAUUGCCUUGGUAACUUUCAGAUUCCUGUGGAAUUGUGAAUUCAUACUAAGCUUCUGUGCAGUUAUUACCAUUUGCAUCACUGAGGAUGAAAUUGACUUUUGUCUUUUCGAGAAAAUAAACUGUACUGCUUGUUCAAGAGGGCUGUGAUUAAAAUCUUUAAGCAUUUGUUCCUGCCAAGGUAGUUUUCUUGCAUUUUGCUCUCUCUUUCAGCAUGUGUAUGGGUGUGGAUGUUGAUCAACAAGACUAAGUUUGGUUUCACAAGGGCUUUUUAAGAUGAAUUCUGUCCAAUAGAAUAUGAUUUCUUGCUUUGGUAUUAUUAAAAAUCCAACAAGUAAAGUAAAAACUAGUGAAAUGUGUUAGCAGCAUGCAAAACAAAAACUUUAAAUCUCUCGUACAUUGUCAUGUGAAGGUGUAAAAUGGAAAAAUGUUGAUUCUGUUUGUAACUGAUGUUGUGAAGCCUUUUAUGAGCUUUAAAAUAAAGUUCAUCGUACAGUGUCAUUUCUAAA